AUGGCGCAUCGCGGCGGCAAUUAUUGCCGGUAUGGUGGGCGGCGCCGUCGCGGCGAGUGGGACCAGGACUAUUGGAACUGGAGGUAUGGUGUCAGGGCUUCAUUUGACCACAACAGGCGUGAGCACCACGAGUACAGAGCGGCUGGCGCAGAGGUGUACCAUCAUGCCGUCCACUCCAAGAUUCCAGCCGCAGAAAUGCCGUGCACCACGAUGUCGUGGAAUACGAUGACUCCGUAUCCAAUGGCGUGGACUCCGACUCCUGGCCUCACGCGUGCCUUCAUCAACAUGCCACAGGCGGUUCCCAUGUCGCAUUCGCCCCCAGGCACGAGCAAUGAUGCGGAGGCCGUCAUCAGAAACAUUCGUCUCUUCCAACUUAUGGAGCCGGAGCAAGCCGCUAAGAUCUUGCAGGACACAGCGGCCAUGCAGGGGCCCUACGAGGAUUAG